AUGUUUUUAACAUUUUCUGCAUGUUUCUUACUUGUCCUCGCUGUGGCACUCGAGGACAAUUCCACGAAACGAUCCGCAGGGGAACAAGAAAGUGAGAAAUACAACGUUUUGAUCCUUGGGGCAGGCAUUAGUGCUGCGAAAACUCUUUACGAUGCGGGGAUAACCAAUUUUCGUGUUCUAGAAGCGACAACUCGUAUCGGUGGACGAUUAUUGGUGAAGGAUUUCGGCGGGGCAGCCAUAGAAUUGGGAGGAAACUGGGUACAUGGAACGGACAACAAUCCAAUUUGGGCAUUGGUUCAACAAGCUGGGUUAAGCCGUGUGGAUACAAUGAUUGAACCGACGGAAGGUCAAUACAUUGUACUGGAUGAAAAUGGCACUGAUGUGACCUCGGAAGACGGCCAUAAAGAAAUGGAAUCUGUAAGCGACUGCCUUGACAAACUUAUAGAAGAGCAAAGAGCAAAGAAAGCACCGGAUUUUAGCGUACGAGAUGGCCUCGCUACAUGUAAAUGGGUUCCAAAACACCCCGCGUAA